GUGCCGCAGUGCGUCUUGCCCGCUGGCCGCAAUGGUUCGGAUCGCGCGCGAGGAGGGGGUGCGGAGAGGGCUGUACAAGGGCUUCGGGCUGAGCCUCUUCAAGGCGACAGCCCGAGAGUGGCCGAGACCGAGAUCGCCCGAGAGAUCGCCCGAGAUCGCCCGAGAUCGAACGAGAUCGCCCGAGAUGCCCGAGGUGACAUGCGCCCGGUUCAAGGUGGCGCCGUCGUCUGCGGUCACCUUCGUGGCGUACGAGGCGUGCUUCCGCGCCCUCACCCGGCUGGCCGAGAGCUGGGAGCGCGAGGAGCUGCUCCGCGCGCAGCUCGAGCUCGAGGCGCCGGACACCGCGACGGCGUGAGGCAGUUCUCGAGGGCGGCGUGGGGCGCGGCGCGCGCGAGAGCGCGGGCGGCGCUCCGGGCGGCGGCUGCGCGCCGUGACGGGGGCGGCCGAGGCGGGCUCUUGCCGCCAGGCGCAA